GACAGGCUGGCCAAGAUGAGCGUCGUCAGUCAGCGAACCGCCCUAUCCUUGGCCACACCCACCUCCUUCUGGUCCUCCUUCGCCCUCACUCCUUCAAGAUGAGACUUCAACUCGCCUUCGUGCUUGCUGUUGCAGGGAUGGCAGCCUCGGCCCGCGUCCCAGCACCGAGAGGACCUCAACGAGAACCAGCUAUCAAGAUGACAUAUAAAGACCAAGAUCACCUGGAUGUCAUGGGGCACGUGCGGGCGGGCAAGAGCGCCAAGUCUCGCAAUGCUGUAGAAGGAAUCGACUACUGGAAUCAGCAAAUGCAAGCUGAGCUCCAGGACCAGCUAGCGAAGUCCCCCAUCGUCAAGCAAGCCAAGAACAUCAUCUUCUUCCUCGGGGACGGUACUUCGAUCUCCACCUUGACCGCCGCUCGCCUCCUCAAGGGUCACCUCACGGGCAACGGCGAACACGAGGUCAUGGCGUAUGAGAGGUUCCCGUACUCGUCACUCAUUAAGACCUACAGCGCAGACAAGAUCGUCACGGACUCCGCCGCCAGCGCCACCGCCUACCUGUCCGGCGCGAAGGGCAACCAGGCCACCAUCGGCGUGGACGCUAACGUGCUGCUGUCAGACUGCGACGCCAUGAACAACCCCAGCUACCACACAUCCUCUGUGCUGAAGAACUUCCAGGAUGCCGGAAAAUCUACAGGAAUCGUGACAGUAACCCGCGUAACCCACGCUUCUCCUGCAGGAAACUAUGCCCACACUGCUGAAAGGCACUGGGAAAGCGACGACGAUAUCAACGAUGUUAAUGGCGACCCCGAGAAAUGUGACGACAUCGCCGAACAGCUGGUCUACGGUCCUACGGGAUCCAAGAUUAAGGUCAUCCUCGGUGGAGGGCGCAAAAAGCUCACUCCGAAGGGCGUGGACGACCCCGAGGGCGGCGACGGAGGCAAGCGCGACGACGGCAAGAACCUCAUCCAAUCGUGGAUCGACCAAAAGCAGGUCCUUGGCAAUGCCUCGUAUGUGUGGCACCGCAACGACCUUCUACAGGUGGACACUGCCAACACCGAUUACCUUAUGGGCCUCUUCGACUGGAGCCACAUGUCAUUCGCCAUUGACCAGGACACGAGCAAUCCUUCCCUGGAGGAGAUGACUCGCGCUGCCAUCGAGGUCCUGCAGAGGGACGACAAUGGGUUCUUCCUUUUCGUCGAGGGAGGAAACAUUGACAAGGCUCACCACUUGAACGAGCACCGUUCUGCUCUGGAAGAAGCACUGGAAUUUGAGAAGGCUAUUGCUCUGGCUGACUCCAUGACUGAUCCCGAGGAAACGCUGAUCAUCGUCACCGCUGACCAUUCGCAACCUCUCGUCAUCAAUGGCUACCCUGAGAGAGGAACAGACGUGCGCGGUCUCGGAGACUUCUCUGACGUGGACGGCCUCCCCUUCACGACGCUCAUGUACACGAACGGACCCGGCUACAGGGGGGAACCUCUAGGCGAACGACCGGAUCCUUCCGCUGAAAACUACAACGACCCCCACUACAUGGGCGCCGCCACCGUGCCCAUGAUCGAGUCCCACCACGCCGGCGAGGAGGUUAUCCUGUACGCCCGCGGUCCUCACGCCCACCUCUUCACAGGGAUCCAUGAAAACGCCUACAUCCCCCACGCCCUCAGAUACGCAGCUUGUGUCGGCGACGGACUCCAGUUUUGCCCGACGGAAGCUUAGUGCGUUUUGCUGCCUUUCCGCGCACCGUCCGCCCUCCACAGAGACUAUUAUUUAAUACGGUUUUGCGGUGAUGGUGCGUGACAGGUCUAUCCUGCGUGUAUUCUGAUUUUGUAUAAAUAAAAAUAAAGAAAUCGA